CCCCUUGUUACCCCUGUUAGUAAUAACGGACCAUUAUUGCGUUUUAACUCCAUUUUAAUAACCGCCCACUGUAAGCAAUAACAAACAUUAUCAUAUCAUAUGUUUGAACUAAAAAACACUUAUUUUGGAAAAUAAAAUUUUAUCAAACUUAUUUUGCGAUAUUUUUUAGACAAAAAUAAAGCUUAUUUUGUUCAUAUUUUCACCUAGGAGCAACUUAUAGCUUGUGGAACAUAAAGCCCUCCACCAGACUCUAUUUCUGCUCUCUCCUUUCCAAAUCUUCAUUCCUUCGUUCUCUCUCUUUCCCCGAUCUAGCAGACAGCAGUAGCACACCCCACCCUUUUCUGCUCUCAAAAAUGGCGAACAGCAAUCUUCCUCGAAGGAUUAUCAAGGAAACACAACGUCUGCUUAGCGAGCCAGCUCCUGGAAUUAGCGCUUCUCCCUCAGAAGAGAAUAUGCGCUACUUCAAUGUUAUGAUUCUUGGUCCUACUCAAUCUCCUUAUGAAGGGGGGGUCUUCAAGUUGGAGUUGUUUCUUCCAGAAGAGUAUCCAAUGGCACCUCCAAAGGUCCGCUUCUUGACUAAGAUAUAUCAUCCGAAUAUUGAUAAGCUUGGAAGGAUAUGCUUAGACAUCCUUAAAGAUAAAUGGAGUCCAGCCCUGCAGAUCCGAACAGUACUACUGAGUAUCCAGGCUCUUUUGAGUGCUCCCAACCCAGAUGAUCCACUUUCGGAGAACGUUGCAAAGCACUGGAAGAGUAAUGAAGCUGAAGCAGUGGAAACAGCAAAGGAAUGGACGCGCUUAUAUGCGACAGGUGCUUGACAAAGAGCAUAUACAACAAUUGCAUUUCUGCAUUGUACCUUAAAACCAAAUUACAGUUGCUAGUUUCUUUAUGGAAAUGAAAAGAGUCAUGUUUUGACAAUUCAUCUCAUGACUUGAAGGCCUCCAAUUGCUGGUUGUAGAUGAUUUUCAUAACAAAACUGAUUCAGUUAUGUACUGUAUUCUGAAUUUGUAAUGCUUAUUAUAUUUCUGUAUGCUCUUUCAAAAUUCUCUACCCCAACCCCAUUUUCUUGUUUUUCCUUUGUGCUUUAGAUUUUGUUGUGCUCAGCAGCAUUUUCUGGUGAUGUAUUUUGAUUUCUGAAUCAUUCCCCUCUUAUUUUGAUAAUGAUUAAUAUUUCUUACUGAGCUAUUUUUUUGAA